CUGGUGCUAAGUCUUAACCGCCGGGUGCGCCACGGCAGCACCGACGGACGAUGGUGGAACUGUGCGCAUUCAAGACGUCCGAGUUCCAUAGCUGGUGGGUUGAAGAAAUGAAUGGCGGGUAUCAGUUGUACUUGAGCGUGCUCCUGCUCUUCUUCUCCCUUGUGAUUGCCAUGCCGAUGGCGCGAUUGAUCUUUUUCCUGCUGCGCUCGCUUACGCCGGAGCGAUGGAAGUGGCCUGGCGAAGCACAAGCCAUGAUAUUAUGGGAAACGUACUGGCUGCUCCGUGUUGGACUAUUUUGCGCCGCGCUACACGCUGUUCGUUUCACGAAGCUUCUGUGUCAGUGGCCUCUGUGGAUUUUUGGCGUUCCGCUGUUGCUGUGGCUCAACAAAGCUGGCGACGUCAUUCGCGAAGUUGCCGUGCGACGGGGAUCUGCGAAGACUCUUCUCUUCGAAAUAACGACGGUCGUCAAGAUCUUGGUUCUCUGCAUGACGUUCUACUUCCUGUAUAUCCUCGUAUUCCCUGGGAUAGCCGACGACAUCUUGAGGGGAUUUUACACCGGCGUGUGCGUCCUCUUUGGUUUGGCUUUGGUUCCUGUGGUUCGCAACAUUUCGGGAUCGCAGCUCCUUGUGUUUAAUCACUCUACGAUCACGGAUGACCAAGCCACGUACGCCGAAACCCAUCACAAGCGCCACGUUCAUUUUGACCAGACUCCCGUCGGCGCACUCCAAGAUACACCACUCGGAUACGUCUUGACGACGUGCGACGCGUUCUCGAAAAUCUAUGUUCCUGCAGGUCGUUCGAUGGAGUCGCCCAUGGUGUUGUUCGAAGAAACAAUGGCAAUGCCGUGGUGGCCGCUCCGGCUGCAUGUUGAUUUGCCGGCAUCGACCCCAACACUCCAAGUGCGGCGUUUGAUUCAGGCCGUGGAUGCAGUGUUGAACAAUCCCGACCGAGUCCAUGGUUGCACCCAGUACACUGGAGCUGUGGCGGCUUCGACGCCGACUCACCAGCAGCCCAACCCAGAUCUACACAGCAAGCUCAGUGUGAUAUUCAAGAGUCCUGCUGCUGCGGCGGCAUCGAUAGACUGCCGCCGUGCUGCCCAGGAAGAAAAACCCGAGCGAACGUGGAGUGUCCACGUCGAAAAUCGAUGGCGGGUGCAUGUGCACGGUCAUGUUUUUGCAGGGAGUUUUCCCGUCUACCGGCAAGCGUUGUCCGAGGUCGUGCAAGUCGUGAUGGGCGUCGUAAGCGGCCACGGGUUCGAUGGCGGGAUGGCAUCGCUGUCCUGAUAGCUCUGUUUUGUGCUGAAACAACUUUGCAAGCCCGAAGUUUUUAUGAGUCAACAAUGUAAACCUUCCAAGAAGCAAUUCUUCGCCGCAGCGCACGCUUAUAUUCAGGGCCAAACAAAAACACCCCCUUCGAGAAUUCGCUGAGGGUUGCAGCCGAUUUCUGGACUGUCUCACCUCGCGAGCGGCGUGGCAAAACUUGUCGUUUGUCUGUCUCUUCAACUACGGCGGCAUGUUCAUCGUGUCGACUAACAACUUUUUGGUAGAGCUCCCAACCAAGAAGCCGCGACCUUUAGGAACCCCGACUACGGCAUCGUGCCCUUCAUGGCCGCUCGAUUCCUGGACGAACUCGCCCCCCACGACGAUACGCUCGCCAACACUUCGGCGAAUCGCACGGAAAUUGCGUUGGUCUGCGGUAGUAGUGUGAUCGCCGCCAUGUUUAAUUGUGUGGACAAGGAUGGCAAUACUACAGGGAACGACGGAAAUCCUU